CGUUCUCUCACUCUAUGGCCACUCUGCGCUCUCCCUCCUUCCUGCUCAACAGGUAGAGGUUCAUGAAGCCCGUGGCGCAGUAAAAUGUCUCGGGAAAGAGAAAGUCACAGCUGAUCAGUCUGGGAGCAAAAUCAGUGCGGUUCCGUGAGCGGAUUAUCACCUCACCUCUUUAACCUCGCACCACGCACGGACAUGUAUCAAGGUCUAAGCAUGGCUACGAACCCGGGUUCCUACGAGCCGAGUUUCGUGCACAGCGCUGCAUCGCCGGUGUACGUGCCGAGCGCGCGCGUCGCCCCCGUGAUCCCCGCGCUGCCGUACCUGCAGCCGCACAGCAGUGCGUCCCAGCAGAGCAGCCCGGCCUCGAGUCACUCGGCCUGGGCUCAGCCAGGCUCGGACCCCGUGGCGUCGUACAACACAAGCGGGACGCACCAUUCUCCGGUGUCUCCGCGCUUUACUUUCUCUACCAGCCCGCCCAUGAGCUCGGGUGCGAGGGAAAGCGUCACUUACACAAGCCCGUUGAACGUCACGGCUAACGGACGGGACCAUUACAGCGCGCGCGGCCUGAGCUCGUCCUAUCCGUCUCCAUAUCCAGCUUACAUGAGUCCGAGCGUCGGGGGAACGUGGGCCGCGUCUCACUUUGACGGCUCGGUACUUCACAGUCUGCAGUCUGCAGGACCGUCCGGCGCGGCGCGGCACCCAAAUCUGGAUCUGUUCGAUGAUUUCGCAGAAGGCCGAGAGUGUGUGAACUGUGGGGCCAUGUCCACUCCUUUGUGGCGGCGAGACGGGACUGGUCAUUACCUGUGUAAUGCAUGUGGACUCUACCAUAAAAUGAAUGGCAUUAACAGGCCGCUGAUCAAACCGCAGAGACGACUCUCUGCUUCCAGAAGAGUCGGUCUGUCCUGUACUAACUGCCACACCACAACCACCACUCUGUGGAGAAGAAAUGCAGAAGGAGAGCCUGUGUGUAAUGCCUGUGGACUCUACAUGAAACUACAUGGGGUUCCUCGUCCUCUCGCCAUGAAAAAGGAAGGUAUUCAGACCCGCAAGCGCAAACCCAAAAACCUCAACAAGCCAAAGUCUGGAACACCUGGGAAUGAUGGCCAUCCCCCUUCUAAUGCAGCCAGCACUGGCGGCAAUGUAGUAGAACCCCGCUCAAUCAAGACUGAGCCGGACACGCUCACUCACUAUUCUCAUCAUAACCUACAUACACAGAUCUCAUACAUGGCAGGCCAAAGUGGGGCUUCAUCGCUGAAGCUUUCUUCAGGAGCCCAUAGUGUAGCACCCAGCUCCAAAAACGAGCCUUGGAACAGCCUGAUCCUCACAUGAACCUGCUGUCGAUCAGUCAGACGUUGCAGUGUGGGUCAGAACUAAUACCAAACUAGGGAUGGCAAACCAAAAAGAAACCACCUAAUACACGUCAAACACAACCAUGACACAGUGGAAAAUAACGUGGAAGUCAGAAAGCAAGCAGAAAGAAGCCUAAUCAGGCAAAACAAGGAUCAGUGACGCAUUAUGUCUGAUACCUGAGACCAGCGUACAGGAACGUAACCUGGACAAAAUCAUUUACUCACAGACUGCUGGAAUUAUUCCACUUAUUCAGUGUCUUCAGUAUUUAUAAUAUGACAACUAAAAACCCCAUGUGCCUUUAUUUCUUUCCUUCAUAAGUGUUGUAAUACUGAAAACCUCUUUGUGUUUACUACUAGCUUUCAUUAUACAUAAAAAAGUACACUCCCUGUCCAAGAAUCAUAAGAAAAUAAUCUGAUCCAUAAGAGAAUUCUCUAAAAGAGGACAUAUAAAGCACUCCUCUAUCCUGUUUGAGUUACAGUUUGACUCCAGAAUAAGCAACAACUAUUAAUACUGUGAAUUUAUCUUGUGAAGUAGUUAUUUAAUAUGAAGUAAUACACCUAAUGUGACAAUGAGAGGCCUGUCAUUUCAUUUCCUUGAAUUGCCAAAUAAAAGUAAGUAAAAAGAAAAAAAUACAAGACCAAGAUUUCAGUGUCACAAUUCUUCCAGAACCAACAUUUAUCUUUCAAUAAUUAACAUAAAAUAAUGUUCAUUAAUGUGCACAGCAAAUUCUUCACUUUAAUUUGUUUUUUUUUUCUCAUCAUUUUAAGAAAAACACCUAAUAUUUAUUGACUUGAAGCAAACAGGGUUGAGUCUUUCUUUAUGUUCAUAGGUAGCCUGUAGCACUGGGUCCCAAAAUGUAGGUCAGCGUAGAUGUAGAUGAGGAUCCACGUAAUACUUUAGUGUUAAUUUUUUUUUUUUUAAAUAUUAUUCAACUGUGAGAAAAAUGUUCUGCUCGUGAAUUUUUUUUAUUUUGUUUUGUUUUUGCAAUAUAUAAAAAUGUAUGUAUGCUGUACGUAUGCUGUAUGUAUUGACACCUUAUUAUGGUUAACCUCAAUGUGUUUUACAAGGACAUUGUAAAAGGACAAAUAUUAAGAGCUGUAACAUUGCAUUGAACUUUCUGUCAGAUUUUUGUUUUUCUCAGAGUAGCUGAUCAUUCAGAGGAACUUAAUUAAAUCGCUAAGAAUCAAA